UUGUUGUGAAACCGUCAUUGCGCAAGAAUACAAAAAGAAAUGAUUUCUGAAUUUAUUUCUUGAUUAUUUUCCAAAAUUUCAUCCCCGGAAGAUUUUAAAAAAUGACGCAAAACUACUUACCAGGGACUGCUAGUCUGAUAGAAGAAAUAGACAAAAAGCUACUGAUUGUCUUGCGAGAUGGGAGAACUCUCAUAGGAUGGCUGAGGAGUGUUGACCAAUUUGCCAAUCUUGUUCUGCAGGGAACCAUAGAGCGCAUCCAUGUUGGAAAAAAGUAUGGAGAUAUCCCACGGGGUAUAUUUGUGGUGCGUGGAGAAAAUGUUGUUCUUCUUGGAGAGAUAGAUCUGGAUAAAGAGAAAGAGAAAACACAGCUUGAUGAGGUGCCAAUAGAUGAAAUUCUGGAACUGCAACGACAAGAACUACACACAAAACAGGAGGCUGAGGAACGGAAAAAAACAGCUAUGUUGGACCGAGGACUGGUCUAUCAUGCUGAGGGUUUAGCAGACGAUCUUUGAAAGGAUAUCACAAAUGUUAAUUGGAUUCCUCAAAUAUACUUGAAAUGUGCGAAAGUGUCUGAAAGAUUGGAGAUUCAAUUGUUUGGUUGAAUAACGAAAUUGUUUUAGGGAAAGGUGUGAAAGCAUUAGUCAGGGUGCAGGGGUAAAGAUGAUUCCCAGGAAAUAAUGACCGAACGAUGUCUGGAAUGACAUUUAAGUCAUAUACAGAGGUGGGUGCCAGCUGAUUAGCUAAUUUGAUGACAUCAGACAGGAAAGAAUUGGCAUCCAAGAAAGAACUGCUGUCAAGAUUAGUUGCCGAAGUCAAAUUACUGUGGCAUCGAAACAUGGCAGUCAACCUGGUAUUGAAUAAACAUGUAAAGUCUUUAUACAUGUUUGUUUAACCAGAGCCUGUCACUUGCUUUUGACAAUGUAGUUCAUUUAGUCAUCAUUACCAAUCAUGUGUUAAAAUGUGCGAAAUGACUCUCAAGUCUCUUCUUGGUAAGACUGAGGUUUAUGGUUGUCUUCAUGUACACCAUGUUACGAUUACCAUGGUCUGGAAUUUUGUUUUGUAUAAUUUUGUAUAAAAUAAAUCUGUAUCUAAUCA